CCGUGAAGAUGGGGUCGGGCGCGGUCUAUUGCCUCAAGCUGGCUCCAUGACGUGAGGCCUUGUAGUAGGUGCGGUGAUGUCACAACGCAGGCGGUGAUGAUGCCGCACGCUGGUGACGUCACAGGGCAUGUGUGGCUACGUCGGCCCCGUUCGGAGCCCUGUUCGCUUGGCUCUUGGGCUGUGCGCUCGCCCAAAGCCCUGACCGCGCGGACCGUGUGUCAUACGCUCUGCGCGAGUCCCGUUUAGCUUGAAUGGCCGGACCUGAAACGAGCGGGUCUGAGGAACCUCUUGCUGCCACGCAUCUUGUGUCGCAGUGAACAAGAGGCAAGGUCUCCUAUGUAACUGAAAAAAAUAUUUGCAAUAGAUAUACUUUCAGUGACAAAAGUGACAUGCAAAUUGGAAAGAAAACAAAAGAAGAUGGGAAAGAAUUAGUGACAGAUACAAGAGAAUCUUUUGAAGGUACUGAAACCAUAGCAGAAACACUCCCAUGCAAAGAAGAUGCAGUUGUUGCAUCAGAAGAGGCUUCUAGAUGUCUGAAAACCACUCCAGAUGGAUGGGAGAAGAUCACAAAGCAAAGACAGUCCGGCAAAACUGCAGGAAAAUAUGAUGUUUAUUUCAUCAGUCCUCAAGGAGUGAAGUUAAGAUCCAAAUGUGCACUUGUGGCUUACUUUACAAAAAAUGGAGAGACUAUUCUUAAACCUGAAGAUUUUGACUUUACUGCUCCUCCUCAGAGCCAAACUCGAUCAAGAACCAAAGGAUCCAGUGAAGAACCUGUGAGACCGAGAUUACAGAAUAAACGAUGUAAUAGUAAAGCACAAGAUCUUAGUGUGCAAAGAAGCAAAGAAGUUAAAGUUCUGGAGUUACAGACCAGUAAUGAACAGUUGGAAAACAUUUCCAUCCAUCUACAGGGCAGGGAGGACUUAGUCAUUAAAGACAUUAAGCCAAAGGAAUAUUGUAGAAAGGCCAAAGAAAAGGGAGCAGUUGGAAAAAGGGAUCAAAUUAAGAAAGCUAGAAAGAGGUCAGAAAGGAGGAAUCCAGAUCACAGCCAAAAUAAAAGGCUGAGAAAAGCAUCAUGUAAUAAACAAGAGGCUGAGAGCAGCCAAAUAAAAAAAUUCCAGCAAAAGAAAGAUGUUUGUGUUUCUGAGAGUGGCAUAAUAGACAAUCAGAACUUAAACCCCACAGAUACUGGAAAAGCAAACACACCCUCAAAGGAUGAAAUAAUGACUUUGGGAUCACAUUUAGAGAUGCGUCUUGAACCAGUAACUCCUCUCUCUGAAAAGAAGUCAAGAACCAUGGGAGAGUUAGGAUAUGCAGAGAAGAAUUCUGAUGAUGCAGCUAUAAAAUCUGACAAGAACAUUGCAGAAAAAGAAGGAUCAUGUGUGUUUGGGAAAGAGAAAGAUUGGAUACAUUUGGGUAACCAGGAUUUCAAACCUGGCACUGAAACGAACAUUAGCAUUUCACAGCCUUCUGCCAAGAAAAGCUUUACAUCAGUGAAAACGCUUCAAGUAAUGAUCACUGCUCUCCACAUAUCAGUUAACUUUAAAUUACUGCCAAAGUGGCCAGAUUUUCAAUCAAGAAAAACUUGGUUCAGAGAAGACUGUCCCCCAAGAACACAAGUAGAGAGAAGGAAAACUAGUCCAUAUUUUUCUAGUAAAUACAGUAAAGAAGCUCCAAGCCCACCAAGAAGGAAGGCCUUCAGGAAAUGGACUCCUCCUCGGUCUCCAUUUAAUUUGGUCCAAGAAAUACUCUUUCAUGAUCCAUGGAAGCUCCUCAUUGCAACCAUAUUUCUCAAUAAGACCUCAGGUAAGAUGGCAAUACCUGUGCUCUGGGAGUUUCUGGAGAAAUAUCCUUCCCCUGAAGUAGCAAGAACUGCAGACUGGAAAGAAAUGUCAGAGUUGCUUAAACCUCUUGGCCUUUAUGAACUCAGAGCAAAGACCAUUAUCAAAUUUUCAGAUGAGUAUCUGACCAAGCAGUGGAGGUAUCCUAUUGAGCUGUAUGGGAUUGGAAAGUAUGGCAAUGAUUCAUACAGAAUCUUCUGUGUGAAUGAAUGGAAGGAGGUACAUCCACAAGAUCACAAACUCAAUACAUACCAAGCAUGGCUCUGGGAAAACCAUGAAAAAAUGAGUCUUGGUUGACAAAGGCAGAUAUGUUUUUAUAAAAGCUUCACUUUUUGGUACUUAACACCUUGCUCUUGGCUGUAUGUACACAUGAAAUGGAAACAUCUUAUAUUCACUUCACACAUUUGUAAUUCUGAUCACUGAAUGCUUAAUUCCAAUAUUUGUGUUAAACGUGUUUUCAAACCCAUAUAAUCAUUGUAAUUAAAAGCUGAUAAAUAUUGAUAUUUUUAAAUAAAUUUUAAUAA